AUCUAUUAAAUGCGAAACAACUUAAAUAAUAUACUUAACAUUUAAAAUAAUUAAAAUUAAAAUAAUUAAAUUAAUAAAUUAGACUAAAUGAGUUAUACGAUUAUUCAAUUUUAAUUUAAAAUAAUUAAAUUAAUAUCACAGAUUAUGGCAAGUGAGUAUAAAAUUGACUUUCUUUAUUAAGCAAGUUGCCUAAUCAUGAAAAGCAAAAUAACAUACUAUGACGUAAAAAGUGGAGUCCUCAAAGGUUCAUAACAAAUAAUUAUAUACAACAUAUUUUAUAAAUAGAAUAUUGCAAAAAUAAAAGAUGCUUUGAUGACAGAACAAGCACAACGCUUUGAAGAAGGGGACCGAUGGAUCCAAACAAAUUUCAAAUCGUUUAUCUAUUAACCAAUUGUUUUAACAAAAUACUAAUAGUUAGUUAAUUCCUUUAUUUGCCAUUUAAAGAAAUCGUAUACUAUUUAUGAUCAUAAACUCAACAAUAAGAACUUCACAAUAAAGCAAACAUAUAAUACUUGCAAAUUGCAUAAUGGAAACUUGUUUAGAAAUGUUUGUGUUUUUAUCUCAUGAAAUCUCAAUCGACUUCCAAAAUAAUAUAUUUUUUGGAUUUGUAAAAAUGAAAUUUAUUUAUGCAAGUGCUUCAGCUCAAACUUAGAUAGUUAAUGAAUCACAAGCUAAAAAAGAAGUUUGUCGACAAGCACAUAUUAUUCUAAAACAAACUCACUAACUCUUUGUUUAAUCAUCUCGGCAAUCAUUAUUUACUGCCUCUCUUAUUAGCGUUAUGCUUUAAACUUGGAUUUAUUUGUCUUUUAGCCUGUAAGUGACCUGUCAAAAGAGAGAAUAUUUGCCCUUCCCAACUCACCUCUUAUUAUUUAUAGGUAAUGCCCAUUACUUGAUUGAAAGCUCUCUUCUUUAUACUUUUGGCUAACUCAUCAAGCUCUCUCUUUGCUUUAAAUCAGCAUCAUAUCGAUAUGUAUGCUAUAUAUUGAUUAAUGCCACUACGUAGAGUUUGCUUUGAAUAAAUGGGGAGAAAACCUUGCUGCGAAAAAAUUGGAUUGAAAAGAGGUCCAUGGACUAUAGAAGAAGAUCAUAGACUCAUGAACUUCAUUCUUAACAAUGGCAUCCAUUGCUGGAGAGUCGUCCCCAAACUUGCAGGUUUGUUGAGAUGUGGGAAGAGCUGUAGAUUGAGAUGGAUUAAUUAUUUGAGACCUGAUCUCAAGAGAGGUGGUUUCACUGAUGCUGAAGAAGAUAGGAUUAUGGAACUUCACUCUCAACUUGGCAAUAGGUGGUCUAAAAUUGCCUCACAUUUCCCUGGUCGAACGGAUAACGAGAUAAAGAACCAUUGGAAUACGAAGAUCAAAAAGAAGAUGAAACAUCUUGGUUUAAAUCAGGCUGCGCAUGAACCAAUACAUAGUAUCACCAGCCGAACCGAAUCUAAGCAGAUAACAAAUCCAAACAUGUCUUCUACCAUCAAAGAAAAAGAAGAAACCAAGGAGCAACCAAAAGAUGAUGUUAUAAUAGAAACAACGAAACCGUUAAUAGUAUCCAAUAAUGAUGAAGAAAUUCAGGCAGAAAACUGCAAAACUUUAUAUGCAGAAGAAGUAGACAUCGGAUCUCUAUUCGCAAUGCAAGACAACGAGAUAUCUAUCUCGUCUUCUUCGUUCUCUUCUUUAUAUAGUAAUAUUUCAAGAAGUGAAUCUUCAUCAUAUCUUGCAGGAGAUUCAAUCUCUUUAGAGCAAUGGGACUUGGAUAUGACGGACCCUUUGGUGCCUUGGGACCUCUUCACCAAUCUUGAUGAUACGCUUUUCCUUUAUGACAAAAUGUGAUAUUACAUUGUAGCAUAUCUAUAAAAUAAUUGUCAUAAGUAAUUAGUAUCUUCAUUUCAUGUAUGUAAGAUUGGAUCGGAGUAUGCAUGGCGUGCAAUAAUGUAUUAUAAUUUUCUCAUACAAUAUGUAUCAUGUAUGCAUAUAUAUAGUGUCAUAGUGACGAUAUAUUUCUCGUAUUAAUUAGUAGCUAUAAUGUACUUUUUAGUUUUAUCGGUAAGACCGUAAGUAACUAUCACCAUUAUCGUAGUAAUUUUCAAAUAGUUGUUCCUAGUUUUUUUUUUUUGUCACAAAGUUGUUCCUAGUUAUAUAUCAAGUUCCAUACAAUUCUACUAAAUUCUUGCAACACUUCCAAUAAAAACAGGAAACAUAUAUAUAACAAAACCAAUCCCACCUCCCACAUGUGCGGGCACAAUAAGUGUUGCUUAGUAUGCUUACAUUAAUUUAUAUAUGUAUAUAUAAAUGCGUUUAUAGUUUGGUGAAUUAGGUCAAUGCGGCCUUUCAUCUAUUAAAAGAAACAUUUACGGGGAAAGCAUAUAGAAGAAACAUAUACUAAACAAAACUUGUGAAAAUGACUUUAAUCCUUUUAAAAGAAAGAAGAAAAAAACUAAUGAAACAAUUGGCCCGUUUGAGAAUUAACAAUGAGUUCCAAAAUAAAUUAUACCUACCUACUUUUCAAAAAAAAAAAAACAAUUGUACCUACUUCAUUCGAAGCAGGCAAAUGAUUUAAUUUUGUUUUGUAUAAAUGAAUUAAGUAAUC